CUCCUGGGGCUGCUGCUGCUGCUGGGCUGCGGGGCCGGGCAGGAGCUGAGCCCGCGAGGGAGGAACGUCUGCCCCGCCGCCAGUUCCACUGGCUUCGUUUGCUGUUUGGGAUGGCGGCAACAAGGCGAGGAGUGUUUGAUAGAUUUCUCUCUGGUGUCCACCUCGGGGCUUUCUGGAACCUUCCACUGCCUUCCUCGCCACCUCCAUGUGGGGACCAUGCACACUAAUGUCUGUCUGGUGGUGGGUCUCAGGGGAACAAGGGUUUUUGUCAAGGCCUCUGGUUUUGGACUGGCUCUUAUUGCUUGGGACUAAGAACUUGUCCAAGGAUGGUUCUUGUGGCACCACUUUCCAUAUGGGUCUUCUCCUGAUGGUCAUCUUCUCCUAAACCUCACUUCAGUUGACCCAGCUCAGAAACCAUCAACUGGUAGCCUGCUGCUGCCUCAUGUUCACAUGAAGAAAGUUUGAUGAUCCGUGUGCGAGGGCAACUUCACUUGCACGGACAACGAGGUGUGCGUGAGGCCCAACGAGUGUCGCUGCCGCCAUGGGUAUUUUGGAGCCAACUGCGAAACCAAGUGCCCUCGCCAGUUCUGGGGUCCAGACUGCAAGGAAAUGUGCCGCUGCCACCCCAACGGACAGUGCGAGGACGUGACGGGGCAGUGCACCUGCAACGCCAACCGCUGGGGGCCCAAGUGUGAGAACGCCUGCUUGUGCAAGCAUGGCAAGUGUGACCAGAAGACGGGCAAGUGUACGUGCGAGCCAAACUGGUGGGGCCCCCAGUGUGCCAGCGCCUGCUACUGCAGCCUUAACUCCCAGUGUGACCAGCAAUCCGGGACCUGUAACUGCCAGCCAGGCUGGUGGGGCCGAAGCUGCAACAACCAGUGUGCCUGCAACAACUCCCCUUGCGAACAGUUCACCGGGCGCUGCCAGUGCCGCGGUCGCACCUUUGGCCCCCGCUGUGACCGCUACUGCCAGUGCCACAUGGGGAAGUGCAACCAGGUUGAUGGGACGUGCACUUGUGACCCGGGCUACCGGGGCAAGUUCUGCCGAGAACCUUGCCCGGCUGGCUUCUAUGGACAAGGCUGCAGGAGAAGGUGCGGGCAGUGCAAAGAGCUGCAACCGUGUACCAUUGUGGACGGUCGCUGCCUGGCCUGUGAGGCAGGCUGGAACGGCACCAAGUGUGACCAGAUCUGCUCUGCGGGCUUCUACGGCGAAGGCUGCGAUCAGAUCUGCCCUCCGUGUAAGGACGGCCACACCUGCAACCACAUCAAUGGCAAGUGUUCCCACUGCAAUCCAGGAUGGAUUGGAGACAGGUGUGAGACCAAAUGCCGCAACGGGACCUAUGGGGAAAAUUGCGACUUUUUCUGCGGCGACUGUUUUAACGGCGAGUGCCACUUUGAGACGGGGAGGUGCCUCUGCCAUGCGGGAUUUCGCGGGAUUUCCUGUAACCUGACGUGCCAGACAGGCCAGUACGGCGUGAAUUGUGCCGAAUCUUGCAACUGCCAUGAGGAUUCGUGCGACCCUUUAACUGGAACCUGCCACAUGGAGGCAAACCAGCGGAUGGGGGUCAUUGGAGCCGGAGCCCUCUUGAUCCUGCUGCUCACCUUGCUCCUCUCGCUUCUGUGCUGUUGCUGUGUUUGCCGCAAGAAGGACCAGGCUCGGAACACAAUCCAAGACCCUGCUCUCAAGAAGUCCCCGAGACGCCUUUGUGGCCGGUUCAGCCGCAUCAGCAUGAAGCUCCCCCGGAUUCCUCUACGCCGCCAGAAACUGCCAAAAGUUGUAGUGGCUCACCACGACCUGGAGAACACCAUGAACUGCAGCUUCAUUGAGCCCCCGUCUGUGGUGGAGCAGCCCUCACCUUCGUGGUCUUCCCGAGGUUCCUUCUCAUCCUUUGACACCACCGAUGAAGGACCCGUGUACUGCGUGCCACACGAAGAGAGCGUGAAUGACAGCAAAGACCGCGUCUCUGUCCCUUGCGGGCCUGGAGAGAAAAUGGCCCCUGCCAUCAGUGAGGAUGAAGCUGGGGAGUACACAGUCUUGAAGGAGAGCAGUUCCAUCCAGGCAGACAGCAGCGAGAUGCCCUUACUCAAGUCCUCUGACAGCGAGCGCUCAUCAUGUGGCUCCGGCUCAGCCAGUGGGGCUCUGUAUGCUCGGAUUGCUCGCCUCUCCAAACAGUCCAGAGAAGAAGAUGACAACACCAUGGAAAGCAAGGCUGCCAAGCCCCCGUCCCCAGAAAGAGCCAAGCCUCCUCCUCCAGACCCCUCAACGAAGCCCAAAGUCUCUUGGAUCCACAGCAAGUACAACUCCAACCAGUCCAACUCCUUGCCCACCAUUGGCAUGACAGAUCUGUCAGAGCAUAAACAGGGGCUGGCCAAGAGGAAGAGGAGUCCCAGUGAGGCCUCAGCCGGGCUUCACGGCAAAUCUGACGACAAAGUACCCCCACGGGGCAAGGAGAAGGCCCCAAAGCAUCCAAAGGAGCUGAGCUCCCCAGAGGGGAAGGGCCCUUCAGCCUCCGGGGACCAGCCCUCGCUGUCCAAAUCCAAGCAGCGGCACAAGUCCAGCCCAGACCAAAUGGAGAACCUCAAUGGAGCCGUCCAGAACGUGAUCAAAAAGAUGGGGAGCUAUCUCCCUGCCGACCGGAAAGGAGGGGAGGCCCCCAAGAGCCCCGGUCAUGGCAAGUCCCGUUCCGAAGUCAUCCAUCCCCACCUGUCUUCGGAAGCGGCCACCCUGUUGGCUGCACAGUUGAAGGAAAAGACUCAGAGCCUCAACCGAGGAGAUGGGGGAGGCCGACAGAAUGGGGUGAGUCCCCUGCCAGCUCAGCGGGAGAAGCCAACUCCUCCACAGAAGGCUAAGCGCUCCGUGGCCACCAGUGGCCAGAAGUCCAGCAAGCCGGUCCUGCCAACCUCCCCCAACCUGCAGAAACUUAUCAGCCCCAUUGCUGAGGCCCCGGCCAGCGACCCCAAGCGGGUGGAGAAGCAGAGCUCUGGUGGCAGCAACCAAGAGCCAGCUCCUGUCACCAGCGACCAAGCAAUCAAGAAGACCCCCAUCAAAAAGCCGCCCAGGAAGAAGAGCCGAGAGGCAGCUGCUGAGCAGCCAAAAGCCACCACGACACCCCCUCAGACUGUGCAGUGAAGGCGACCUCCUUGGGAGGGGAAAGCCUAAGAGGAAGGGGGCUGUGGAAUUGGGGAGGAAGGGCCAUCUUGGGGGAAGAACAACAGGGGCUGGGAGAGGACUCUGGACUUGUCUCCCGUACAUGGGGAUGGGGGAAGGAAGGAACCCUCUCUCCCCAAAAGAGACCCAAAGCACUUCUGACUUCAUUCCCUGUUUGUCAAGGGGGAGGGGGGGUCAUGGACCAAGCGCUGGCGCCUGGGGUUCCAAGCAAGAGGGAGGGGGUGGAGGGGUAAGCGAGGGAUGGGGGGCCUUCUUUGUACCAGUAUUAUAAUUGCAUAUGCCGUGCUUCUCUCCCUAGGAAUGUCCGAGUCGAUAUAAUCUGCAGAAUGGAAUCACAGGCUUUCUGUAACCUUGUUGGGACUGGAGACAGUGAGGGACCUUGCAAGAGCCAAGCCAUGGCUCUGCAAGGGUAGAAGAGGGAGGGGGCCUUGCUUUUUGCCUGGUGGGGCGUCCAGAGCCAACAGAGGGAGGCUGAGGAAGUAGGCAACCAAGACCUUGCGGGAUGGUAACUGGACAUCCUGACACCAAAGCCUCACCCAGAGGAGGAAAGGAAACACUACCUUCCCAUGCAGCAGUUUUGCCUCAGGCUAGGGGGUGGCAGAGGCCCCUGUUGGCAUCAGUGGCAUGGCAACCCCAAGCCCCUGGUAUCCUGGCCUUGACAAGGACAGUAUGGUACGCAAGUCUAGCAUCUCCAUGGAAAGCUUCCUCAAUUAAAACAAAAUGUAUUUCUAUA